AUGUAUUCGUGUAUCUCACCAAGUAAUGAGAUAGCCGCAGUCAUAGCCAACAGAGAGUUUUCUUAUAACUAUCCUACUUCCAUUGUUUACUUCAAAAGUGACCCUGAAAAUGUAUACGAAUUUGCAAAAGCAUACAGUGGGCUUAUUUAUAUACUAUCACUGAAUGAUUCUAAAACCAACGAAACGUUUUUGAGCAACGCGUUUGUUUUCGAACAAACAGUUAUUUACGUUACGAGCGCUAAUGAAUUUGAAUACUUCGUAAAUAUUGCGAAUGGAGCGACUUUAGAACCAAUGCGAAUUAUUUUAGUCUUAUGUGGAAUAGAUGAGAGUAACAUUACAGAAUAUACAACAUCAGCAUGGAAAAAUGACGCAGCACAUAUUGUUAUAGUGACUACGAAUAAAAAUGCUGAUAUUGUUCUAUACACUUUUUUUCCCUACAGUGUAAGGACAUGUAACGAUAUCACACCUGUGUCUAUUCCAGUAGAUAGUUUUAAUUACUUUAAUGAGAAGUUUAAUAAUUUUUACAAAUGCCCCAUUGUUGUCACGGCGCAUACAAUUAUACCAUAUAUAACUGUAAAGAAGGAAGACGAAGCAAUAUCAGUUACAGGAUUUGAUAAUGAUUUUGUACAAAUCAUCCUUGACCAUUUAAACGCUACUACAGUAUUAAUAACUAAUGAUGGAGCUAAAGGAACGCAGUCGGCAAAUGGAAGUUUGAAGAUUGGAUUUAAUGAUUUGAUUAAUAAAGUUGCGGAUGUUAUGAUACCAGAAGUUAUCAUAACGAAGUCGAGAUAUUCUGCGGCUCUCGCGUCAUUUCCCUUUAAUUAUAUAUCUGUAGUCUGGAUUGCCCCGAAAAGACGGGAAGUGUAUGCUUGGGCAAAAUUAGUGUUACCGUUUAUAUCCCACAUUACACCUUUGAUCGUUUUAUCCUUUUUUCUUUUCAUAAUUAUUAUAAGACUCAUUCAGCGUUUUGGUGCACACCGAGAGAAAAAGCGAACGAGCGCUAUAUUGAGAAGUUUCGCCUUGUUCUUGGGGAUCGAAACUAAAAUUGAAACUAAGUGCUAUUUAAACAAUGCCACUUACUUAAUAUGGAUAUGGUACUGUUUCUUGAUACGCACUGCCUAUCAGAGUGAUCUGAUCAAUGGUUUGCAUAAAGUUACUUUAGAAGCACCCAUUUGUACAGUUGACGAUGCCCUCCAAAAUCUUAACGAGAUUGUAAGUUCAGAGGCUGUUAAAGAAUUGUAUACCAAUACUUCUCUUGAAACAGUUAUAAUUGCUUUAGAACACCAGAAGUUGAUUGAAUACCUCAAUGACAUUGCUCAUGGUAAAAGAGCUUUAGAAGCAGUUGAUUUGUUGGCAUUAACGAGUUCCCAAUACAAUGUUCAGGUUUUGGACGAAAACGCGGUACGUUUACCGGCAUGUAUUUUUAUGAGGGCUCGCUGGCCAGCUGCACAGGUGUUCCGCCAAAGAGUGAUUAUAAAAACAGUUGCUGUUAUUUUUAAUUUACAUUGGCGCCAUCUGCUUUUCUGCGUGGUAACUAAACCAUUAGAUACAUGGUUCCUUAGCCAUCAAUAUUUUGUAACAGUAUUGCAAAAGAAAGGCCCAGGGCAUCACACAACUUCACUCAAUUUCACAGCCACUGUUUAG